AUGAGCACUGAAAGAAAAGUUGCAUACCAAAAAUCCCGAAAAGAGUUCUUCAAAAUGGUUCGAGAACUCAGCGCCUCUCAUGGUGUUGAGAUUGCUAGCGUCUUCUAUAGUGAUUACCACAAAAAACCUCUGGUAUAUCCAAAUCAUGCUAUUGCUAUCAAAGCCUUUGAAAAUUUUAGAAAGUUACCUAUGCAAGAGCAAUUCAAAACCAUGGUGACACAAUUAGAAGUCCUCCAACAAUUAAAAACUGAGAAGUUGGAAGAACUUCAGAAGCUAAGGGAGAAGAACAAACGCAUGGAGUUGAAAAUUAAGCUGCAUAAAAUGAAAAUAGAAGAUUUUUCUGUUGACAUGAUAAACCUUGAAGAUCUCAACGAUUGGAUCUAUGUGAUGAGAGAAUAUCUCAAAGAAAUAAAAGAAAUGAAAGCAAGGGUUGACAAAGAGGGUUCCAUAUCGAAUAUCUCUUAA